AUGUUGGGAAUAGAGUGGUGUGAUCUGUGUAAAGUCUAUCUAUCGUCGAGAGCAUUACUGGAUAUACAUGUUAAUGGCAAACGUCACCACAAAAAGCUUAUAGAGCGUGAUGCGCUGCUGUCCUUAGCCGCUCGGUCGGUAUUUGUUUCUGGACUAAAUCCUGAAAUUGUCGUCACCGACACCGAGAUUUCAGAGGCCCUCAGCUGUUUUGGAAAGGUAGAAAAAGUUCAUUUGGAUAUUAAAGGAGGCAAAUAUGCGAUCGUUGAAUUUGACCAAGAAUUUUCGGCUAAUAAAGCAAUUUUUGAAGGCGAAGUUCAUAUUGGGCUUCAAACCGUAUCGAUACGACCACGCAAAAUAAAUUUCGACCAAUGUAAGAAAAAGUUAAACUCGCAUAUAAUCGAUAUUAAUAAACUUAUCAACGAAAUUAAUGGCUCGGCUACAUUUGCUGAACAAGUGAAUACUUUAUUAGAACUGUAUUGCCUCAAUGAUGCCGAGGUUGCAGAACGAACCGAUUGUACUCAAAUGCUUACUGCAGCUCUCGGUGAUUACUUUUCGUCAAAUGUUCAUGUGCGAAUUUUUGGCUCCUCAUCAACAUCUCUUGGUACGAAAGGUUCCGACAUUGAUGCAAGUUUGUUUUUCAAUGUACCACUUACCGAAGCACAUUCCGCAGGAGAUUUGGCGAGGAAUAAAUAUAUAUUGCUGACCUGCGAUAUUGCUGCAUUAAGAGGGCGUAAAAUUUGUGCUGAAGAAUAUGCUAGGCUUACCGAGGCUGAUCGUGUUCGUUUGCUGAAUAAAAUAGCGAAUGAUAUACGAAAGCGUGGUACGGCAUAUGUUACUGGUCAAUAUCCAAUCCUUGACGCUCGUUGCCCGCUCGUGCGACUUGAUGUUAAUCGAAAAUAUACCGUGGAUUUAUCUGUGGAUAAUUAUCUUGGCUAUGCAAAAUCGAAUUGGCUUAAAAGUAUCGUGUACUGUGAUUCCUCGCAACUUAUUCGGAAAUUUUUUGUGUCCUUUAGGUUUUGGGCUCAUGCAAAUGAGCUGUUGAAGGCUGAUGGAAAAAAGCGGUCGCAUUUUAACGCUUACAUUUUGAACAUGCUGUGCGUAAUAUAUCUGCAACUGCACAAUUAUAUUUCCUCUCUUCAACGAGCUCAGAAAGAAGUGGUUGUAAAUGGGUGGAGGAUUGAUUUUUUUGUUGAUAAUGUGGAUUUAUCCUAUCUGACACUUAGCAAAUUAUUUAAGGAUUUUUUUAUUUGGUUCGUUCAGUUGAAAUUGAAAGACAUCAUAUUGUGUCCUUAUCUGGGUAAUACUGUUUCAUUCGAUCAGUUCCAACAGUUAUAUCCAGACAGCAGGGAUCCACUGGAAUGGUCGCAUAAUGUUUCCAUGUUGGUUUCUGAGAAAUAUAUUGGUGCCAUGCGUCGUCAAAUGAUGUUUGCAUUGUCGCGGAUGAAAAUAGCACCAGAUUCAUUCUUGGCCAUAUUGCAAAAAACAUAUGACACUGAUAUUGAUACUAAGUCGUCUUUAGAUUAUACACUGAAAAUCCACGUUGGAGUUUGUCAAGCAGACCAGUGCAUGAAUGCUGUAAAUCAUAUUUUCGUCAAAAUUUUAGCAUUCUCGCCAGCUGUAGAACCAUUUGAGAAGCGACCACGGCUCGACGAUACUUCCAAUGAGUUUUGUAGUAUUUACUUAAUUAAGCGACGUAUUUGGGAGGGUCGGAGACAAAAGCGACGUCAAAUAAUGCGAGAAUGUCCUGCGCUCUUAAACGAUUCAACAGCUCUGGAGGAAGCAGUUACUCAACAAAUCAGUCAAACCAGUGAAGAAAUAUCACUUUGUUUCAAAACAUGUGUGAAACGGAAGGCUGCAGAGUGCUGGCUUGAAUUCGUUUUGAUCAAUGGAUCAAUGGUGGAAUUUAAUAGUCUCAUUCAUUUCUUGCAGCACUUUAUCCCAGCUCACCUCAACAAUCUUCUAUUAUUCCCUUUCGACACUCCUGUGGAAUAA